AUGUCGGGGCGUCGGCGGAGGCGCUGGUGGGUGCUGCAGGCGCUGCGGCUGGUGUCGCAGGGGCGCGCGCAGGUGUGCGCGUGCGCCGGCUCACCCGACCAGGACCUCUUCCGCCAGCAGCGCGCGGGCGCCUGGGCCAAGCUGCGCCCCAGCGCGCGCGAGCUGCUGCGCCGCGCCUCGGAAAAGUUCGAGGUCUGGGGCUUCAGCGGCGCCGGCAGGCAGCACGCCGCCGCGGCCGUCGAGCUGCUGGGCCCGCGGCACUUCGGGGGGCGCGUCGUGGCGGCCCCGGACGGCGGCGGGGGCGGCGCGCAGGUGGUUGGGAAGCUGCUGGCUCAGGCGCUGGAGGGGCGGGAGCACCUGUUGGUCGUGCUGGACGACAGCAGCUGCCCCUGGCCGAGCGACAGGCGCAACCUGCUCGUGGCGGAGCGCUACGCAUUCAUGCCCAGCGCGCACGACAGGCGGCGCCCCUCGCUGCUGGAGCUGGGCAGGGACGAGUGCCCCCAGCGCGGCAUGCUGGCGGCGGCCUCGCAGAUCCUCGACCGCAUACACACGCAGGUGUUUGAGCGCGCCGCAGCCCGCGCGCCGCCCGAGGUGUGGGAUGCGCGCGCCGUGAUGGACGACCACCGCCGCCGCGUCCUGGCCGGGGUCGGCCUCGUCUUCAGCCGCGUCGGCCCCCAAAACGCCGACCCGCGCGCGCACCCGCUGUGGCGGCUCGCGGAGCGCUUCGGGGGCGCGUGCUCCGAGGCGCCGGGCGAGGGGACGACGCACGUGGUCGCGGCGGCCGGGGGGACGGACAAGGCGACGCGCGUGGGGGUUGUUUAA